AUGGCUAAACCUAUCGCGAGGUUUGUUCGUUUGUACCCUGUUUCCUACAAAGGCUGGAAGGCGAUUAGGAUGGAGUUGUAUGGACUCUACAUCGACAAUUGCAAACUACCUUUGGGACUUGAAAACUAUGGUAUUGAUGAAAACCAAAUCUCGACAAACCAUCAAGGUCGACUACACGGUUUGUCGUCUUGGACACCGUCAAACAACGAGAAACACAUGCAUGUUGACCUCGGUGAAAUGAAGUUUGUAACAGGUGUUGCAACGCAGGGAGACCCCCAUUUGUCUAUGUGGGUGAAGUCUUUCAUCCUGGAGUUCAAAUCAGUAAGUGAGGAGUGGUAUGAGUAUACAUCAGGUGAAGAUGAGGAGUCGUUUACAGGAAAUGUGGACAAUACAAGAAUUGUGGUUCAUUGGUUUCAUGUCAAACAUCACAUCAGAUACGUUAGAAUUACACCCAAGACAUGGCAUCAACGAAUCGCCUUACGUCUAGAGAUAUAUGGCUGUGGAAGUCCAUGCGAAAGUCAACCAAUAGAACAUUUUAAUAGAGAAAUCGUUACAGGCAUCUCACUGCCUGAUGGUAAUGCUAACAAUUCAAGUCUGGAGCGGGAUAUAUUUUGUUUCAGCGAUAACAUAGACAAUCAACAAGUGGAUGUAGGGAUUCCAUAUUUGUUAUGUGCAUUAUCGAUAUCAAGUACCGGCAGUGAUUACUGGAGCGAGGUCGCUUACACACUUCAAACUUCGGUGGACGGAAAAACAUGGACUGAAAAAAUGCAAGAUAGCGAACAAACUAAAAUGAAAUCAUUAUUCUCGCAGGACAAUUUAGUACACAARAAAGUUUUACAUACUCGUAUCACCGCAAGGUAUUUGAGGAUCUCGAUCCGUUCCUCUAGACUGAGAUGCAUGAAAGUGAAGUUAUAUGGUGUUAGUGUUGAUACCUGUUCAAAAUCGAUCGCUGGUGCUAGUUCUACAGGACAACUGGCUUAUUACCGCUUUACAGCAAGCUCCCAGGCAGAGCAGGCUCGUGGCCCUGCACAUGGUAGGUUAUUUGGCCCGUCUUGCUGGUCGCCUAAAACAAACUACAAGUCAGAUUACCUGCAAGUUGACCUAGGCGACCCAUGGACAAUUUGCGCUGUAGCUUCGCAGGGAUGUCAAAGGGAAAAGGUAUUGUUUUACAACAUAGAAUUCUCGAUGAAUGGGCUCCUAUGGACAUUUUACAAAAGCAUAUCUAAUAGAUUAGUGCUGCGUCAAUAUGGUAAUAUUACCAGGAACGUGCUGGCCAAUCCCGUGUCUGCCAGGUUUGUACGGUUUUACCCUUUGACAUWCUUAAAUAAAAAAUCAAUGAAAAUAGAAAUCUAUGGAUCACGGCAGUCAUUGCACGGGUCUUUAGGGAUAGAACAACGGCAGGGAGUCCGAUAUAUAUCAGAUAAACAAAUAUCCGUAUCAGAGAUAUUGGACUCCGMGCAUGCAGGAAGACAAGCUCGAUUGUAUGGUCUUUCAAGUUGGUGUACUAAACAAUUCCACAAUCCUUAUUUCCAAGUUGAUUUGCGUUCACCUAUGCAAGUGGCUGGCAUAGCAACACAAGGGGAUUCUGCCAGCGGUUAUUACAUUCAAAGAUAUGACCUCCAAUACUCGUUCACUAGCGACUACUGGAGAAUCAUUGAUGCAUUGAACGGUAACCAUGAUAGCAAUAAUAUUCACGUAGAAUGGUUUAAUCCGUCAAUAGGGGCUCGUUACAUUCGUCUUGUACCCACAAGGUGGCAUGGAAUUAUUUGUUUGCGAAUGGAUCUUUAUGGUAAUGCCAAYGCUCCACCUCCCGUUAUCACAGUUUACAACGUGAUUGGUCAGCUUUUACCUAUGUCAUCGUCUUACGUCACCAUUCAGUGUGUAUCGUACGCAGCACACUUCAUGCAACUGAAGUGGUUUUUCAACGGAAGUGACAUCACUAAGAGAUCACGUGGGCAAAUCUACAGUAGAGGAAAACUCAUCAGCUACUUACAAGUUAAUUAUACAAGUGAGAUCGCGGAUCGAUGUGCAGAACGUGACAUUUGUUCACUUGUAUAUGUUUGUCAAGGAAAAUAUAAAGACAGUUGGGGUGAAAGAAAGGAUAAUGAAAUAGUAAUCGAUAUGAGAAAAGCAAUGACUUCAUUGAAGCCAGAACACAGCUCAAAUACACCAACCAUUAAGCAAAUAGUAAUAUCCCCAAACCCUGUCAAUAUCCAAACUAAUACAAGUCUGUCACUGGRAUUAUUUUGUUUUUCAUUCCUUAUUAGUGCCACCAUUGUAAUUGUACGGUACUUGUAA